CUGCUCGUCAUCUGAGGACAAACGUGACAUAAAACCGCCAUGGCAACCCUGCUAUAAUGUUGCCUUGCUAGUGUUCUACGUGAAUUGGGGACGUUCCUUCGUGUGUAAAGAGGACUUUGAAUGCUUCAUUCAUGCUGAAACGGAUGACAUCAUUGAUAGAGUGGCUGAUGUAAAGUGAGAGGUGUGGGAGGGGGUGUGUGAGGAGGAAGAAGAGGAGACAUCGUGACAGUGGGAAUCUGGCACGGAUCGGCCCGGAUGAAAAGGAAGGGUCUCGCGAGGCGAUGAACCGCGUAGAUGCGUCGCUAUCCAGGGUCCUGAGUGACACCGAAGCAUCUGGCCAGACGACCGUGAGUUCCAGCCAUCAAUAACCAUGGAGUUGAGAGUGGGAAACAAGUACCGCCUCGGGAGGAAGAUAGGGAGCGGAUCCUUUGGAGACAUUUAUCUGGGUUCCAACCUCGCCACAGGGGAGGAAGUCGCCAUCAAGUUGGAAUGCGUCAAGACCAAACAUCCACAGCUCCACAUUGAGAGUAAAUUCUACAAGAUGAUGCAGGGAGGAGUGGGUAUCCCAUCCAUCAAGUGGUGCGGAGCCGAGGGCGACUACAAUGUCAUGGUCAUGGAGCUGCUGGGCCCCAGUUUGGAGGACCUGUUCAACUUCUGCUCCCGCAAGUUCAGCCUGAAAACCGUCCUACUGCUGGCCGAUCAGAUGAUCAGCAGGAUCGAAUACAUCCACCUGAAGAACUUCAUCCACAGAGACGUGAAGCCCGACAACUUCCUGAUGGGGCUUGGAAAGAAGGGCAACCUGGUCUACAUCAUCGACUUCGGCCUGGCUAAGAAAUACCGGGAUGCCCGAACGCACCAGCACAUUCCCUAUCGAGAGAAUAAAAACCUCACCGGCACCGCCCGCUACGCCUCCAUCAACACCCACUUGGGCAUUGGUGACACCACACUCACACACACAUGGACGUUAUUUGCAAGUUUUUUAAUUAUUAUUUCCGCCGCUCUCUUCUCUGUCUCCUCCACAGAGCAGUCGAGGAGAGAUGAUCUGGAGUCGCUGGGCUACGUCCUCAUGUACUUCAACCUGGGCUCUCUGCCUUGGCAGGGCCUCAAGGCCGCCACCAAGAGGCAGAAGUACGAACGCAUCAGCGAGAAGAAAAUGUCCACUCCCAUUGAGGUGCUGUGCAAGGGCUACCCUUCUGUGUUCUCCACCUACCUGAACCUGUGUCGCUCCCUGCGCUUCGACGACAAGCCAGACUAUUCCUACCUGAGGCAGCUCUUCAGGAACCUUUUCCACAGACAGGGCUUCUCGUACGACUACGUCUUCGAUUGGAGCAUGCUGAAAUUUGGGGCCAGUCGGACAACAGAGGAUGGAGACAAAGACCGUAAGGAGGAAAAAGAGGAUGAGGAGCGAGCAGGAGAAGGUCAGAGAGGUGCUGGUGGUCGAGCUUUGCCAUCUGGACCUAAACCUUCCGCAGCUAACCGAGUCAAGAAUGAAGCGGAUGUAGUUCCGUCUAAAGCGUUCACACGUGGGGUGCAGCCGUCAGGUAACCGCUCUCCUCAGGUGGGCCGAGCAGAACGAGCCGAACGAGAGCGCAAAGUCGCUAUGAGGCUUCAUCGCGGCGCUCCCGCCAACCUGUCGUCAGGUGACCUUUCAGCUCGCCUCGACCAAUCACGCAUCACGGCAUCGCAGGUCAGUGUGCCAUUUGAACAUCUGGCAAAGUGAAUUCUUCUCAACGGGCCUGCUGGUCAGAGGCAGCGGCUGCAGGGACUCAACUACCCCCUGCUUUUCAAAUGCAUGAAUGAAGGCAUGAGUGAGUAUCGGAGCAAGAAGAGUGUACGUUUCAGGCACUCGAAUAGGGGGGGAUAAAUGGCGUCCACGUGCGAACACUGGUGACCAGACGGAGCGGAAGUAACGCUUCAAUGAUGGAAGCCAGUGGACCAAAAUAAAAAAAAAGAAAAACUUGACAAGUACUAGCCAGCGCUGUUUGUACGUAGGGUGCGGUUUCAUCGAGUGAAGCGACGGAUCUGGAAUUAACAGAUCAACCACCAAAUCCAUCCUUUCAGAGGCUCAAACAUGCAAAACAAAAAUAUGAAAUGCACAAAUGUUCAGGUUUCUUUGGUUUACAGCUGUGAUCGACGACAAUUUAAUGCUAAUGUUAAGGCGUUAAAUAUGCUGCGUAUUGAUUGCCUUUCAUUUCUGAAGUAUAAAAACCAAUGUGACAGUCAAGAGAUGUAUUAUUUGUGGAUUUAGGCGUUUCUUAGAAAUAGUCCAAAAUGUCUGUCUGUGUGUUAUCAUUGUACUUGUUUAUCAUUCUGCUUUGCCGAUGAGACCAAAAUACACAAUGCAGGAGGUUAAUUAUUUUGAUUAAAAUAGCUUAUUGUUUAUUUUGUGAGGUAUCAACUUGAAGUUGAAGUGAAAAGAGGGAAUCUCACAGAAUGUUAUAAUCACACCUUAUUCUAGUGUGUAAAUUCAAAGAUCUUAAUGAUGUAUAUGAUGUACAUACAGUUUGUUUUUUUUUCUGAAAAGUGUAAAAUGUGGCAAUAAGUAUUUGCCAGAAUGUACCAGAGUAACAUGUUUAUCCCUUAUGCAAGGAAUCCUGGGGUAGGAAGCCCAACAGAAAAUAACUUAGAAAUGAUGAUGUCUUGUGCAUUUAUUUCCCACAAACCGCUUUUGUUUAUGAUAUUUGUGUAUACUUUCAAUAUCAAUAAAAAAAUACUGUUCAUGCUGA